UUAUUUAAAAGGAAAGCAAACAUGUGCCCUGGACAUCUGCGCAAGAGCUUGGACACGCGUUGCGACCAUGGGAACAAGUUGGUAGGGCGCAGUAGUUGAACAAAGCGUGACCUGCGAUUUUGCAAGCCCAAGGUACAUAUAUCUGGGCACCUAUAAUAAGUCCAGCCGGAGGGACCGCAAAUGGACCGCAGCGGUUCGGCCAAUACAGGAGCGAAACCUCGAAAGGAACUGAACUGGUGGCACAGCUUCAACUCCUGGUGGCGAGAUGAGUAUGAUAGACUGGGCCGCCGGCCAAGAAUGCAAGAAGUUGACGAUUGGUACCGGGAGAAUGCCGAGCGCAUCUGGGGUGCGGAGAAGCCGUCCUUGGAGGCCACCCGUGACCACGCCAAGUGCCUGCGGAGCAAGAAGGAGCUCCGGGAGUAUUUCCAGCGUUACAAUGCCAGAAAGGGGAGGAGCAACAAGAAGCAGUGCAGCGAGGGCUUCUCACCCGGAUCAGCAUCCGAUCCUGGCUUUGGCAGCGGUGACCUAGACACUGGCGGUGGCGGUGGCGGUACCAGCGGCCUGGCGACAGCGCAGCAGCCCACCAUUGCUUCCACGCCCGCCUCAGCCCUUACCCACCCCCUGCAUGACUGCAGCGGCAUGGGCGGUGGUGGCGGUGGCCGGAGCUAUUACAGUGAGGGUACGGCGCUUCCCGUACCGGUAUCUGGAUCAGGCGGUGAUGUUCUGUUGGCACUGCAGGCCCUCAGUCAAGUCUUGGGAGGGACACAUCCGUCAAUGACGGCGCCGGCAGGUUGCAUCUCGGGGCCACUGCAGCAGCAACAACAACAACACGCACUGCAGCAACCGGCGCAUGCAGGAUUGCUACCUGCAGGCGGACUGCAAUCACAACAACAACAAACUGCAGCACCGCAGCAGCUGCUGCAGCGCCGUGACUCCCUAGGGCGCACCCUCACUCCAGACACGCUCUCUGCAGCCAACGACGACUCCCCCAGCAUCCUAGCCGCAGCCGCCGGCGCAGCAGCCGCAGCCGCAGACCCCCUAGGUACCGGCUGCUGCACCUCCGCCGGUCAUCCCACACGCGAUACCGCGCCGCCCGCCACCACCUUCACAGCCUCUUGUUCGAUGCCCGGAGUCGCGAUCCGCAGCAGCGGCCUCGGCGGGGGCGCGCCUCGGCAGUCCUUGUCUCACUCCCAUAGCCAGGUCAACCGCACCUCGCUAAGCGGGGCCGUGACAGCCACAAUGGCGCGCAGCAGCGCAGCCCCUGUAACUGCGGAGGAGGAGGAUGGCGUGGCAGGCGGCCGCCAUGCCAUGCCGCCGCCGCCUCGAGCUGUGUCGGAGACCUUGGGCUCAGCGGAUGGGUCCUGUCUGGGGAACAGGUCGCUUGUGACGAGAUGGCUUGCGGGCUUGGCGUCGACGGCCUUGGGGAAAGGCGCACAAGGCGUGGGGCCCGGACCUGGGUUUGGGUUUGACAUGGCGGAUGGAUCGGGGUGCGAGGCCGGAGACCGCUUCAUGCAGGAGACGUCGGCGGGUGCUGGCGGAGCAGUGGCCGGGCAAAGCCAGCCUAGUGGAGCGGCUAAUGGAGUUGGGUUUCGGAGCCAUGCAGGGGCGCUUGCUGAAGGAAGCAGUCCGGCGUCUGCCGUACAACAUGCUAGAGCUGCAGGAGCGGGGGCACCGCCCUCGGCAGCUCAAGUGCCGCGGCUGGUGCAGCUGCAGCGGGAUACGAGCAGGGGCACAGCAGCUACACAGGAGCAGCGGUUGGCAACGGCGGCAGCAUCGGAGCCUCAGCGGAGCGACGGCGACAUCAGCGACGGCGGUGACACGAUGGAUGAUCCGCCGGAGUUGCGUUACUCUCCAGGGGCCCUGGUGGGUGAUGAUGAUCCUCACCACGAUGACGCGCGUCGACAGGGCUGUUGCUCCAACGGGAUCACGUUCCCUGCAGCGGACGGGCGCGGCAGGGUUGCUGAUCCGGCCGCGCCAGGUGGAGAGCGCUUCCGGCAGCAGCACAGAAACACGCUGACUCACGCCACAGCGCUCAGCGAUCCAACGCAUCUCAGAGCCCAUGCGCCGCGGUUACCUCAUGCAGCCGCGGCUGCUGCUGCGGGCGGUAAUGCUGGUGGCUGUGGUCGACAUGGCAGCUCUUCUGGUCCGGCACCUCUCUCCUUCUCUCUCCCUCACCGUGCAGGCACCCACACCCACCUAGUGUGCGAGGCGAUGACCCCCGGCAGCGCCGACGGCAACCACUCCAGCGGCUCUAGGCGCUCGGCUGCUUCCAUGGGGCAGCUGCAUGGGGCCCUGCAACAGGGACAGGGGCCGUCGCCCCUGUCUGGCAGCCCGAUGCCCUGCAGCCCCUCCGCCGGACGUGCUCCCAAGCUGCUCCGGCUGGACGAAGUCCUGGCUGCAGGGCGUUUGGGUCUUGCACAGCGGCUGUUUGGUGGUGAAGGCGCUGGUGGCAGGCCGUCAGGAGGUGGGGGUACCGGUGCAGGAGCAGCUCCCCCGCCGUCAGGGCCGGGGAUGAUGAUGCCGCAGGUGGGAGGUGCCCUGCCUCUGGGGCCGCCGCCCGAGCCGUUUCGCAUGGUGCCGUUGGCUCGGCAGCGGUCCUUAGACAGCCCGAUGCAGGGUGGCGGCGGUGCAGGAGCAUCUGGGAUGCUGGCAUCACCGCCGCUGCUGCCGUGGAAAGAGUCCCAAGAACUCCGGCAACCGCCGCCGCCGUUGUUGGUGCCGCGGGAAUCCGUUGGCACUGCCAACCACCCAGUGCUUCAGGGGCGCGAUUCACUUGACCCCAGGAUGAUGCCUCCGCCACCUCUCUCGCACCACCAGCCGCUCUGGCUGCCUGAGCGCUCAUCCGCUGUUCGCUCCUUUCCCAUCCCGGCUCAGCUUACAGCAGCAGCGGCGGCAUCGCCGCCGCCGCCGUUGCUUCCAGAGCGCUCUUCCGCAGUAAGAUCCAUUCCCGUUCCUCCACCGGCAACGACAGAAGCAGCAGCAGCAGCGGCGCUGCCGCCUGCUCCGUUGUCGGCGCUUGCAACACACCAGUCGUACACCUCCGGUUUGGAAGCCAUGGCAGAAGCUGCGGAAAUGAUGACCGACGUAGGCGAGCCUGAACCGCACCCGUCUCCUUCACCAACUUCCUCUGCAGAAGCCCAUUUGGAAAACCAUGCCGACAUGGACGCUGCGGAGGAUGUUGAAGACGACCGGCUAGCCGGCGGCAAUAACUGCGGGUCAGGAAUGGAAGCGAAUGCUGGCACCAGGCCUGUGUUAGGGGCAGCGGUAGGGGCACCUGGGUUGGGAAGCGCUCUAGCCGCCGCGGCUGCAGUACCAGCGGCUGUGGCUUCGGCUGCAUCUACGCGGCUACCAGCGUCAGCGAUGGCGAUAGCACUGCCUGCAGCUGAGGACGACAUGCAGGCUGCCAUGCCGCCGCCGCUGCCGCCGCCGUUUCGGUCGCUGGCCCCGACGACGACAGGGCCUGCCGGGCUUCCCAUUGUGGUGCAUCCGCCGCAAAUGGAGCCGGGCGUUUUACGGCGGACAGUUAAUGGGCAGGUUGUGGAAACCCCUGUGCAGUUGGUGACGGUACAGGUCACGCUGUCGCCAGCUGCGGUGCAGGCGCUAAGGGCGGUGUCAUGUACACGCGCGGGAGAUGAGUGAUGCGUGGGCGGGUGGCCUGGCGCGUUGGCAUGGGGUUUGCUUGCCGCCGCUGCUGUGGGAUUGCGUGUGAGGGUUGGUGUGUGGUUUUGCAUGCAGGCCGUUUUUGUCCGCUUUCAAGUAUGAAUGCAGCUCGUUUGUUUCCGGAGAGAUGUUGCGUGCGUUGCAGCCCAUUGGAAUAUCGGGUAUGCAUGGCCUCACGUUGUUAAGACGCACUGAAGUGAAGUGCGUGCACCGGUCAUUCGUGUGCAGAAGAGUGACGCGCACGGCUUGGACAAAGCGCUGUCGGUUUCCGUUGCUGUUGAAGCCGAGUUUUAAGCAACAGCUUGAUGCAUAGGGUACUCCCUCCAGGCAAGCAUGGUCGCCUAUAGGCAAGAAAGUACGAUAGUGGUAUGUGGUCUGAAAAGGGUGGGAUGCUUGCAUUUCCAACUUGCCGUGAUAACGUAUGUGCAGUAGGCUGCUGCUGGGGGGAGCAGCAGCGAUCAAAGCGGUGCCGUACCACCUACCAAGCAAUGUGGGGCUUAUGGUUGAUGUAGGCAAGUCGGUGGGCAAGGCGUGCGCUGCUGGUAUUGACACGAAGACUGGGGUGAUGGGGUUGAUGAUGAUUUUGCCGGCAGGCUUCCUUGCACAGCUCGUUGUGCCGCCGACCUGCCCAUGACGCCCUUGACCUGAUUGAGUGUAUCGACAAAAUGUAUUACUCUACCCUACGAACGGGCUACUACACUGCCAGGGGUUUCUGACAUGGAAAAUAACUUGUGUGAUGUCUACCAAUAGUUGUUGAGGGAUGUUAUCGAGCUAUUGUUAGGUCCUUGAUCGUCACUAUCUCGUGACUGUUGCUUACUGCUCCCGGCUCCUGGCCAGCAAGGGAACAUGCGCCAUGGGUAUGUGGUGCCAGUGCUUGAAACGCACGUGAUCCUCCUCUGUACUUCCCAGCUGCAAUGCUGAACACUCGCUUGCACCUGCCCUGCGUUUCUGGUUUGCUGUAGCACAGUAGUCUUUGAGGACAUUGCUUUUGUGAAGAAGGCUGAAAGAAGACCUGAAAUAACUAUUUUAACGCGCGUUCUCGCACUGGAGGUAGAUAAGAGGACGCUGAGGAGCUGUAGUGUUCGCAAUUUGGCGUUUGAAUCUGGCAAACUAGUGCGCCCUGCUUGGCCACUCUCCCUGCGCUGCUCUUCACCACUGUCCCCGCACUGCUUGUGUCAAGCUGUCAAGGGGUAUGGCAGAGGCUGAAGGAAGCUUGGCUGCUCAAAUCUGAGGUCACCAGAAACGUCGUGGCGCUCAUGUCGUCAUGUACGAGGGGAGUUGGUGCUUCCAUUUGCUUCGUGGAGUAAUGCUGUGGGGUGUUGGAUUUGGCGUUGAGCUUCCAGCUACUGGCAGGUGUAGCUCUGGUUCCCCCAUGCGUAGUCCUGCAUGGGAGUUGGGCUGCACUGCAGAUGUCCCGUACUGCGCUGUUGCACUCACCGCGCGCAUGUGUGAGGAUCUUGUUGCUUAAGUAGGAUAGGAUUUUAUUACUCAGCGGGCGGGCUCUAUGUCCAUGUAACUCUUAUUGGUGGGUGCACAGCUGUUAAAACGAAUGUUCUCUUACUUCCUUGGCACCCCAGAUGCCUUGGGUCGUAUCUCGUAGUAUGUAGCCUUGUUCACGUUGACGUGUCUUGUGGUUGAGGCGCAGUUGUUCAAAAUAGUUGCCGUUCAUUGCUGGUCUUGCCAAUGCUACCACGCUCGUAGGGGGAGGAAAACCUAUGCCCGUGAUUUAUGCAUGAGGUGGCUCAACAUGUGGG